ACAAUAUCCCUGGUUGCCAACAUCAUUUUUCUCAAUUCCCAAGUCUUACCUCGGAGGUUCGUGGUCUCUGUGGAACCCUAAUUCAAAUCAAAAUCAUCAUCCAAUUUGAUAGUCAUGCAAGCGUCACAGGAAGAGAAAGCGAGGGACGCGAUACGGCAUGCCUUGAAAGCACUGCGUAAGCGGCAUUUGGUGGAGGAAGGAGCUCAUGCGCCCGCUUUCAUCGCUCUUUCUAGGCCCAUCAUUUCUCAGGGCUCAGAAUGGAAAGAGAAAGCAGAAAAUCUAGAACAAGAACUUCAGCAAUUCUACAAAGCUCAAACACGAUUAUCUGAGCAACUUGUGAUUGAAGUAGCUGAGUCCAGAGCUUCAAAAGCUCUGCUGCAAGAGAAAGAAGCUGAACUUGCUGAGUUGCAGAAAGAGUUGGCACAGAAAAGGGAUGAUUAUUCUCAACUAAAGGUUGACUUAGAAGAGAAGAUUAAGGCUUUGGAUUUAAUUCUUUCUGAGAACCAGGAACUCCGAGUGCAAUUGGAACAGAUGACAAUUAAAGCUAAAACUGCAGAGACUGAGAACAAGAUGCUGGUUGAUCGCUGGAUGUUACAAAAAAUGCAGGAUGCUGAACGGCUUAAUGAGGCAAAUGCACUUUAUGAAGAUAUGGUUGACCGUCUCAAGGCAACUGGUUUAGAAAGCCUUGCUCGGCAGCAAGUAGAUGGUAUUGUCCGCCAAAGUGAAGAAGGUGCAGAGUACUUUGUAGAGUCAACAGUUCCCUCAAUGUGUAAACACCGGAUACAUGCCCAUGAAAGUGGCUGUGCUUCUAUAUUGUUUGAGUACAACACUGGAAAGUUGAUCACUGGGGGCCAGGAUCGAUCAAUCAAAAUGUGGGAUACAUACAGUGGAUCAUUAAGCCGUACCCUUUAUGGUUGUCUUGGGUCUGUUCUUGAUCUGACCAUUACCCAUGAUAAUAAAUCGAUAAUAGCUGCGAGCAGCUCAAACAAUUUGUUUGUAUGGGAUGUCAACACUGGGCGAGUACGUCAUACUCUCACAGGCCAUACAGAUAAAGUUUGUGCAGUAGAUGUGAGCAAAAUUUCUAGCCGUAAUGUUGUGAGUGCAGCUUAUGACCGUACCAUAAAAUUGUGGGAUUUGCAGAAAGGUUACUGCAUUAACACAAUUGUUUUUCCAAGCAACUGCAAUGCAAUCUGCUUCAGCAUGGAUGGGCAAACAAUAUGUUCAGGUCAUGUUGAUGGGAAUCUUCGGUUAUGGGAUAUCCAAUCAGGAAGGCUACUUAGUGAAGUAGCUGCACACUCAUCUGCUGUUACUUCAAUCUCCUUGUCUCGAAAUGGUAACACAGUGUUGACUAGCGGGAGAGACAACUUGCAUAAUUUAUUUGAUAUUCGCUCUUUGGAAGUUUGUGGCACAUUAAGAGCCAGUGGGAAUAGAGUGGCAUCAAAUUGGAAGUCCUGCAUCAGUCCAGAUGACAGACACGUAGCUGCUGGUUCUGCUGAUGGAUCUGUAUAUAUAUGGUCAAUAUCUAAAGCGGAUAUAGUGAGCACUCUGAAGGAACACGCUUCUCCUGUCCUUUGUUGUUCAUGGAGCGGGCUUGGAAAGCCUCUGGCAUCGGCUGACAAGAGUGGAAUUGUUUGUACCUGGGCCUGACCUGAGGCUAAAGAGUCGCUCAUAUGCAAACUACGAUCCAAGGGAAGUCUCUGUCUGGCUCCUUUACUUGUUCUUUGUCCUUCAAAUUGCAUACAAUAUGAAAGAGAAAGAAAGAGUGGUUGUCAAGAAAAGAAAAAGUGGAGUUACAUUGUUUACGGUUUGUUGCACCAAAAGCAGGGAUGUUUAAGUGCAAAGAUGGUGAUCAUUGUGAAAAUGUUGAAGAGGGUUGAAGUUAUAACAUUUCGGUCGAAGUUGCCUUAUGAUUGUUAAUGUGAUAAAAAAGGCAGAUCUGUUAGGACUCCCCAUACGUUUUUCUGUGUAGAUAUACAAUGAAAAUUGAAUCAAGAACAGAAUGUAAAUAUUGAAAAUAGACCUAGAGAAAUGAUAUUUGCAUUUAGAACUUA